AGCGGUGCGUCACUAAAAAUGCCCCUCCAUAGGCCCCGCCUGUCCUGUCUUGGACUGACGUGACUGGAAUCCCUCCACCCACCACGGCACCACCACCACCCUUGAGACGUCGAAUCGAUUUCUAGCCUGGAUCGACGACCGCUGUCGACACGAAAAGGUGCCAACCCACUUUGGCUUCACUUCUACAGAAAGCCCUCCCGAGGAGCAUCCCCGUCGGAUUCGAGCUCCGCAAGACCAGCAGAAGCAGUCGACGUGACCAGAGCAUGUCGUCUCGCUUUCCACCUCUACUCCAACAACCUCUACCUCUCGCGCUGGAUUUGCCACCCGAUAUUUUCAAGCCGUGCUGAACUGCAUGCGACCCGUUUCCGAACCAGAACGUCAACCCGCGAAAAAAGUCCGCCCUGCACAAACGACCGUGCUCGCAUUGGCAUCAAAGGGUUGAAGAUACCUACACGCCAUCCCACUUUCGUAAAACUCGAGACAAACCGCCAUCAUGGCUCCCAAGAAGAAGGGUAACAAGAAGGGCAACGAUGACUGGGAGGCUGAGCUGGGCGAGUCCAUCGCCCCGGCCGCCGAGCAGCCUGCCGAUGCGGCGGAUGCCAACGGUGACGGUGCCGAGGGCGAAGACGACGAGGCCGGAGGUGGUCUGAUGGCCAUGUUGCGCAAGCGCAAGGAGAGGCGCAAGCAGAAGGGUCUUCCCGAGGAGGAGCAGGCCGAGACCACGGGGGAGCCAGACCUCUCGCAUGUGCAAACGGCUCAAGAGGCCAACGCGGACGACGAGUUUGCCCUGCCAGAUAAGAAGGGCAAGGGCGGCAAGGGAAAACAGGCCCAGCAGAAGAAGGGUGGCGCCCAGGCGGCUGACGGCGACGACAAUGGCGGCGAGCCGGGCCGUGUCCUGACCAAGGCUGAGAAGGAGAAGCUCAAGAAGGAGCGCGAGAAGCAGCGUAAGAAGGAACAGGCUGCCAAGAAGAAGACGCCUGGUCCUGCUAAGGCCCCCGAGGCUGCCGCGCCCGUGGAAAAGGAGGAGGCCUCAUCCCCUACCCCUGAAGCAGCUCCCGCGGCGGAGACUGGCGGCAAGAAGAAGAAGAUCCCCGCUCAUCUGGCUAUGAUCCAGAAGCAGCAAGAGGAGAUGCGUCUCAAGCGCGAGGCCGAGGAGAAGCGCAAGGCCGAAGCCGCAGCCCGUGCCGCCGAGCUGGAUCGCCUCGAGGAGGAGGAGAUCAAGCGCAGAGAGGAGGCCAAGGCUCUGAAGAAGCAAAAGGAGAAGGAGAAGAUUGAGCAGCUCAAGAAAGAGGGCAAGUUCAUGACAAAGGCCCAGAAGGAAGAAAAGAUGCGCAACGAGAGGAAGCUGCAGCAGAUGAUCGAGGCGGGUAUCCAGAUUGGUCCCUCGGACGAAGCCGACAAGGAGGCCAAGAAGGCCAAGAAGGCCGCUGAGACCAAGGUCAAGAAGAGCAAAAUCCAGCAAAAGCUCGAUGAGGAGAAGGCCCUCGCCGAAGCUGCCGAGCGUGCACGCGCAAAGGCCGAGCAGGAGCUCAAGGAGGCUGAAGAGAGGGCCGCUCGCGCCAAGGCUGAGGCCGAGGCCAAGGCCGCCGCCGAGAAGAAGGCCGCAGAGAGCGAUAUCGAAGAUGACUGGGAAGCGGCAGCUGCUUCAGACGACGAUGUCAAGGACAGCUGGGACGCCGAGUCAGGGGACGAGGCUGCCAAGGCCAACGGCGGUGCCAAGAAGGAUGGCGAGGAUGAAGAUGACGAAGACGAUAGCGAAGACGACAGCGAGGAUUCGGAAGAUGAGGAGCGCAUCUCAGCGGCGCGCGCUGCCGAGGCACAGCGCAAGAAGGAGGCGGCAGAGCGUCGUGAGAAGGCUCACCAGGCUGCCUUGGCUGCCCGGUCAAAGGACAACCUGCGCUCACCCAUUUGCUGUAUUCUUGGUCACGUCGAUACCGGAAAGACCAAGCUCCUCGACAAGGUCCGCCAGACCAACGUCCAGGAGGGCGAAGCCGGUGGUAUCACGCAGCAGAUCGGUGCUACGUACUUCCCCGUGGACGCCAUCCGUCAAAAGACGGCCGUCGUCAACAGAGACAACAGCUUCGAGUUCAAGGUCCCCGGUCUCCUGGUCAUCGACACACCUGGUCACGAGUCUUUCUCUAACCUGCGUUCCCGUGGUUCGUCCCUUUGCAACAUUGCCAUCCUGGUUGUCGACAUUAUGCACGGUCUCGAGCCCCAGACCAGGGAGUCGAUCCAGCUUCUCAAGGACCGCAAGACUCCUUUCAUUGUCGCGCUGAACAAGAUUGAUCGUCUCUACGGAUGGAAGAAGAUUGAUAACAACGGCUUCGAGGAGUCGCUGGCCAUGCAGAGCAAGGCUGUCCACAACGAGUUCCAGACACGUCUCGAGAAGACCAAGCUCGAGUUUGCCGAGAUGGGCUUCAACUCUUUCCUCUUCUACGAGAACCCGUCGCUGAAGAACAACGUUUCCCUGGUGCCCACAUCUGCCCACACGGGUGAGGGUGUGCCCGACAUGCUCAAGCUCAUCCUCCAUCUGACCCAGGAGCGCAUGACGUCGUCUCUCAUGUACUUGUCUGAGGUCCAGGCCACCGUCCUCGAGGUCAAGGCCAUUGAAGGUUUCGGUAUGACCAUUGAUGUCAUCCUGUCCAACGGUAUCCUGCGCGAAGGCGACCGCAUCGUCAUCUGCGGUACCGAGGGCGCUAUCAAGACAAACAUCAGGGCGCUUCUCACGCCGCAGCCUCUCAGGGAACUGCGUCUCAAGUCACAAUACGUGCACAACAAGGAGGUCAAGGCCGCUCUUGGUGUCAAGAUCAGCGCCCCCGGCCUCGAGGGUGCCAUCGCCGGUUCGAGGCUGAUGGUCGUCGGCCCCGACGAUGACGAGGAGGACAUUGAAGAAGAGGUCGAGGCCGAUCUUGCUCAGCUCCUCAGCCGUGUCGAGAAGUCCGGUCGUGGUGUCUCCGUCCAGGCUUCCACGCUGGGUUCCCUGGAGGCUUUGCUCGACUUCUUGAAGGACUGCAAAAUUCCUGUCGCCAACGUCGGUAUCGGCCCCGUGUACAAGCGUGACAUCAUGCAGACCGGUGUCAUGCUGGAGAAGAGCCCCGACUACGCCGUCAUGCUCUGCUUCGACGUCAAGGUCGACAAGGAGGCCAUGGCGUACGCUGAGGACCAGGGCAUCAAGGUCUUCCAGGCCGACAUCAUCUAUCACUUGUUCGACGCCUUCACCAAGCACAUGGACGACCAGCUUGCUCGCAAGAAGGAGGAGUCCAAGAUGCUGGCUGUGUUCCCCUGCGUGUUGAGGACUGUUGCCGUCUUCAACAAGACAACCCCCAUCGUUGUCGGUGUAGACGUCAUCGAGGGCCAGCUGAAGAUUAACACCCCCAUUGCCGCCGUCAAGCACACUGCGAACGGCAAGGAGAUUGUGAGCAUUGGCAGAGUUACCUCCAUCGAGCGUGAUCACAAACAGAUCCCCGUCUGCAAAAAGGGUCAGCCCUCGGUCGCCGUCAAGAUCGAAAUGGGCAGCAACCAGCCCACGUACGGCCGCCACCUGGAGGAGACCGACCAGCUGUACAGUCUCAUCUCGCGCAAGAGUAUUGAUACUCUGAAGGAGUUCUACCGCAAGGACGUGAGCAACGACGAGUGGCAGCUGAUCAUCAAGCUCAAGCCUCUGUUCGACAUUUAAUUCAAGUUGAAGAAAGGACUGCCCAAAAAUAAGGAAGGAUAUGAGAAACAAAAAGGGGGUCAUUGCAUCUUUUCUAGUCUGAUAAUUCGACUCAUAUUCACCAUCACUUUCCGUGGACGUACGUACGUAGUAGUCAGCUAGUCGGGUGGAUAUGGAGGAGUCAACAGAUAUGAAAAACACAAGUUGUAUGUCGUCUAACUAUUUUGUGUAAGGCGUUCUAACGUGAGGCGCAUGUCCAUUAUCAUGAUUGCACUUUUCCGGAAAGGCCUCUCGUCCUCUAUUCCGGUUUCCCUGUCCUACCGAGCCAACUCCCUUCAUGUCAUCAACGUCGUUAGAUCCAAAUGAACCGAACCAACGAGAUUGUCAUCAUUUUCACUCGUCAUCGCUAGUCACCUCGGU